AUGUCACCUUUAAGUCAAAAGGAGGGCAGCAGCCGUAGCCUGCCGAAUCAAACCCCUUGUUUGAGUUAUUGGCAACGAACGACUCGGGCAUUUCCACAUUUGCAUGCGAACAAGGAUGCGAAGGUUCCAUCGAAUUCCAAGUAUGUUGUCGUCGGCUCCGGAAUAUCAGGCAGCUUGACUGCUUUCGAGCUGAUUGAAGGAGGAGUCAAGGGAGAGGACAUCGUCAUUCUCGAGGCACGGGAAGCAGCAAGCGGAGCAAGUUCGCGUAAUGCUGGACAUGUCCGACCAGAUGCAUUCCGAGGCUUUAGUGCAUACUCCAAAGUUCACGGAGAGGAACAAGCCUUAAAGAUAAUACAAGAUGAGCGACUGGUCCUUCAGAGAGUGGACGAGUUUGUCACCAAGCACAAUGUGCCCUGCGACUUCAAUUUAACAACAACGUUCGAUGUUUGCAUGACUCCUGAGUUUGCGGCUUAUGAGAAAGAGAGUCUAGAAUCUUUCAAAAAAGCAGGAGGUGAUACUUCGUAUAUCAAGUUCUACGAAGGCAGAGAUGCUCAACAAAAGACCAAAGUUCCUGGAGCAAUUGCCGCAUAUGAAUGGCCAGCAGGUUCGAGUCACCCAGCAAAGCUCGCACAAUUCCUCCUUCAAACUGUGAUAUCCAAGGGAGCAAAACUGUUCACCUUCUGUCCUGCCACUGAAGUCAAAGUCAGCUCGUCUUCCGGACUGUGGGAUGUGCACACCCCGCGUGGAGUAAUAACAGCGGAGAAAGUCAUUCACUGCACGAAUGCCCACGCAGCCCUUUUACUUCCGCACUUGGAUCCAUAUAUGCGCCCAAACCGUGCGCAGGCCCAUUCUAUCAUCCCGACCCCAGCAUUUUGUGGAGAUCAAGCGUUGCGGAGCACUUUCUCGCUCCGCUACAGUCUUCACCAUUUCUAUUCGCUCAUCCAGCGACAAGCAGAUGGCACAUUGGUGCUUGGCGUAUCACGAUCAAAUCCGACAUUAAGCCCAGAGACAAUUGCUGGUCGUUUAAGCACCGACGAUACCCGAUAUAACGAGGAAAUUGUCCAGGAUGCUUUACGCAGUUUUGGUGAAAUGUUUCCUGAUUAUGUGCCUGACACUACUAUGCACGGCGAAGGCUUGGAUCAUGCUUGGACGGGAAUAAUCGCAAUGACCACGGACUCUGUUCCGUUUGUUGGUGCGAUUGAAUCUUUGCCAGGACAAUAUAUCUGCGCCGGCUUCAACGGCCAUGGUGGGUCUAAUCUCCAUCCAAUCUUUUUUAACAUUAACAAGGCUAACCAGAACUAG